UCUCGUUUUUCAUUUCGCUCUCUUUCGUAUUUUCUCUGCAUUCUGUGGGAGGUCUCUUUCUCACUUCCUUUCGGAGCCUCCCUCCCUCCCUCCUUCCUUGCUUCUCCAUAUUCACACACUCUAUCUAUAGAUAAUAGCAUAUAUUCUUAUAAAUUUCAUAAACAGAGUUGUGUUAGUAUAGCUAUGGCUUCCGAUAAUUACACCGAUAAAAACGCUGUUUUUCGCAAGCUCAGAGCCAAGUCCGAUAACAAGAUGUGUUUCGAUUGCAAUGCGAAGAAUCCUACUUGGGCGUCGGUGACGUACGGGAUCUUCCUGUGUAUUGAUUGCUCUGCUGUUCACCGAAGCCUCGGCGUUCACGUCAGCUUCGUUAGGCUUGAAGAAGGAUGAUAUCCAAACACGUGCACAUGCAAAGAAAUAGAUUGAAUGGAAGAGAAGAAGAAGAAGAAGAAAGGAGAGUAAGAAAGAGGAGGUGUUGGGCAAGUAGAUACCAAAAAUAUGGAGAUAUUUUGGGAAGGAGGUGCUGAAAAACUGAAAGGUCAAAGUAAGUGGGCAACAAUUUAAAAAUAUAUACAUAUGGAGACAAUAAUGAGGAAACAAGGAAAAAGAAACAGAAAAUAGGACAGUGGAAAUAUGGAAUUGCUCAUGUUGUAACUUGUCAACGGUGAUAGAUUUUAUUCUUCAAAUACCUUCUCAUUAAAACACUGGCUUUCAAGCAGGAAACUGGAAGAGAUCUACAAAUUUAGAUUCAUGGACUCCUGAGCAGCUGAAAAUGAUGGCCUUUGGUGGAAAUAACCGUGCGCAAGUUUUCUUCAAGCAGCAUGGAUGGACCGAUGGAGGCAAGAUUGAGGCCAAAUAUACAUCAAGGGCUGCUGAGUUAUACAAGCAGUUGCUUUCAAAAGAAGUUGCUAAAAGUAAUGCAGAAGAAGCAGUUUUACCUUCAUCUCCUGUUGCAUCUGAAUCAAUACAACCUUCUAACAAAUUUCCUGAUAGUAAGAUCAGUGAAGUCCCAACAGGAAGUUCUGUCAAUGAUUCACCAGAAGAAAGUUCUUCAGUAAAGUCCGAAAAAACGGAGGUUUCUGCUUCAACAAAAACCUCUCAAACAGUUGUCACAACGAUCAUGAGGAAGCCUCUUGGUGCAAAGAAAACUGGGAAGGUGGGGGGCCUCGGUGCUAGAAAGCUUACUACUAAGCCUAGUGAAGGUCUCUACGACCAGAAGCCUGAAGAGCUCCCCCCUGUACAGGUUUCCUCAGGCACUUCUUCAAACAAUGGCACCCCCAAAGUUGCUUCAUCUUUUGCAUCUCGAUUUGAGUAUUCGGACAAUGUUCAACCUGCUGAUGUGAGUCCUGGAGGUGCUCAUGUAGUUGGCCAUGUAACUCCACCCAAGUCAUCUGACUUUUUCUCUGAAUAUGGCAUGGACAUUGGUUUCCCAAAGAAGAGUAGCAUGAACUCGACCAAAGUACAAGUUGAGGAAACUGAUGAAGCAAGGAAGAAAUUUUCUAAUGCAAAGUCCAUAUCAUCGGCACAGUUUUUUGGUGUGAACAAAGCAAAUGAUAUGGAAGCAUCCGCUUCCCUGCAAAAGUUCUCUGGUUCGGCAUCAAUCUCUAGUGCUGAUCUCUUUGGCCACGAUGCCAGUAAUUCAUCUGUUGAUCUCACAGCUAGCGAUCUCAUUAACCGGCUGUCUUUUCAGGCACAGCAAGAUAUCUCCUCUCUUAAGAAUAUUGCAGGAGAAACCGGGAAGAAGCUCACCUCCCUGGCGUCCAAUAUAUUUACGGAUAUUCAGGACCGAAUCCUCUGAUACAAUGCAAAUUGUAUUUUAAUCUCAGACGUGGCAUUGAAUGUUGUUCCAUGUAAAAUGAGAGGUUUUUUCCUUAGAUCAAAUGGGAUCUAAAAGUACUAGGUUUUAUGAUAUGUUUUGUCCUAAUUUGUACUGAUCCAUGCUUUUUGGAAGAUAUUGGAUUUUUAAAAUUUCUCAGCCUAAUUUUGUGUUC